AAGCAAAGAAGAUAAAAUGAAUAUAGCAAUAGCUAUAAUAGUGGCAAUGGUGCCGGUGGCACGAGCUCAAAUUCAAUCGAUUACUUGUUGGAAAUGCCUGGACGUAAAUUUGAAAUCAGGGGUUAAAAAUACCUGUACCAAAUACAGCGUUCAACAGUGUCCGGCCGGAAAAGACGUGUGCGCAUCUCUUGCCACGACCUUCUAUGAGGGUAGCAGGUUCAGCUAUAUGAAAAGUUAUAAAUGCAUGAAGGCGGCAGAUGUGUCAUUAGGAUUGGAUAAAUGUAGGGGAUUAAAAUCUGAAUUUGAAAAUACUUUGGACGAUUUGAAGGAUUAUGCCUGUGCAAUUGAAACAUGCAACUUUGGCUUGUGUAACGAACUUAUCGUACCAGGGAGUUGGAGCAAGAACGCUGGUAAAUAUCUGAGCGGCUACAGCGCAGGAACCGUCAAAUACGACAGUCUUCUGAAGGCUCAGAGCGAAUGUCUCAAACGAUCCGACUGUGGAGGUAUCACAUACGAGACCGCAUCCAAAAAGUUCACUCUGCGAAAAGGAAUCGACCUCAAGGACAGUUCCUCGGGUGAAAUCUCCUGGAUGGCUAUCUCAAGCGAUGAUGAAGGGACUUGGAGCAAGAACGCUGGUAAAUAUCUGAGCGGCUACAGCGCAGGAACCGUCAAAUACGACAGUCUUCUGAAGGCUCAGAGCGAAUGUCUCAAACGAUCCGACUGUGGAGGUAUCACAUACGAGACCGCAUCCAAAAAGUUCACUCUGCGAAAAGGAAUCGACCUCAAGGACAGUUCCUCGGGUGAAAUCUCCUGGAUGGCUAUCUCAAGCGAUGAUGAAGGGACUUGGAGCAAGAACGCUGGUAAAUAUCUGAGCGGCUACAGCGCAGGAACCGCCAAAUACGACACUCUUCUGAAGGCUCAGAGCGAAUGUCUCAUACGAUCCGACUGUGGAGGUAUCACAUACGAGACCGCAUCCAAAAAGUUCACUCUGCGAAAAGGAAUCGACCUCAAGAACAGUUUCUCGGGUGAAAUCUCCUGGAUGGCUAUCUCAAGCGAUGAUGAAGUCGAGAAGCGGGUUUGAAGACGGUAGACGGCGAAUUGUAAGAUAAUGUUCAACACCAGCUGUUUCCUGCAGACGCUUACUGCGUUCUUCUUAUCAGCCGGGGCUUCAUACUCAACAAAUAUGUUGUUUAUUAUAGUCAGUUAUGGUAAAAAUCAGGUCAAAACCUGCAUCAUAGUAGAGGGCUGAACAUUUUUUGGGGGCUCUCAAAGGUCUUUAAAACCGAAAAAACUUCGGAGCCCUAAAAUUCAGACUGGGAAAAUCGCCA